AUGGCCUUCUUGGCUCUUUCUUUUUUCCUGGCCCUCGCGGCCGUGGCUCAAGGCUGUGGGGUUCCGGCCAUUGAGCCUGUCAUCACUGGCCAUGCCAGGAUUGUGAACGGCGAAGAGGCGAAGCCUGGGUCGUGGCCGUGGCAGGCCUCUUUGCAGGAUGCGAGUGGCUGGCAUUUCUGCGGCGGUUCCCUCAUCAACAGCCAGUGGGUGGUGACGGCAGCUCACUGUGAGGUCACGAAGAAUGAUUUCGUGAUCCUCGGCGAGCACGACCGAAGCUCGGGAGAGGAGGUGAUUCAAAAGAUGGCUGUGGAGAAGGUCUUCACCCACCCGGACUGGGACAACUAUUACAUCAAAAAUGACAUCUCCCUGAUCAAGCUGGCCUCCCCAGUGAAUUUCUCCCAAACUGUGUCCCCUGUGUGCCUGGCUGAAGCCGGUGAAGACUACGAAAGCGGCGCCCUGGUGGUCACCAGCGGCUGGGGCAAGACCCGCUACAAUGCCUUGGUGACACCAAACCAGCUGCAGCAGACCUCCUUGCCCCUGCUCAGCGCCCCGGAGUGCAAGACAUUUUGGGGCAGUAAGAUCGACGAAAACGUCAUGGUCUGCGCUGGGGCGGCUGGUUCCUCCUCUUGCAUGGGCGACUCUGGCGGCCCGUUGGUCCAGAAGCGUGAUGGGGCAUGGUACCUGGUGGGCAUCGUGUCCUGGGGGAGCAGCUACUGUUCCACUUCAACCCCCGGCGUCUACGGCCGCGUGACCGCAUUCCGGGACUGGGUUGACCAGAUCAUUGCCGACAACUGAGUCGCGCUCCAGGCUCCCGAGCCGGUCUCUGUCCUCCAUCCUCCCAAGCCGGCUUCUGGGCUCCGGCCCCAAAGACCCGCCCUCCGGCAGUCGAAUCCCUGGGUCACUAGCUGAGCUGCUGUUGUUCUAGAUGAUUCAGAAAUAAAGCCUAGGCUUCCA